AUGCAGCUACUGCGGAGCAUUGUGUUCUCCCUGCUGGCAACCACCAGUUUGGCUGUUCCCAAGGGUGAUGGCAAUAGACACCAGGCUAUCCAGCCUCGUGCUGCAAAGUAUGCCCUGAAGGAGCCACCCCUCACAACUCCAUGGACGGACAAAGUGGGGACUGAUCCCUGGCCUGAGUAUCCACGGCCGCAAAUGCAGCGGUCCCAAUGGCAGAACCUCAACGGAAUUUGGCAAUAUCGAAAUGCUUCAAGUCUUGCUGAGGCCCAAAAUCCUCCAUUUGGGCAGAGCUUAGAACAAGAAGUGCUGAUUCCAUCUUGCUUGGAAAGCGGCAUAUCUGGUAUUCAAGGAAGCUUCAUGCUGUACUCGUGGUUUUCCAAUUCUUUCAAAGUUCCUUCAGACUGGCAUGGUCAGCAGUUACUGCUCAAUUUCGGAGCCGUCGACUAUGAAGCCACAGUCUUCGUCAAUGGAAAGCAGGCUGGCUUCAACCGUGGAGGUUAUUUCCACUUUACUGUGGAUGUGACUCAAUUCGUGAAGCCAGGCCAACAGAAUGAACUACUCGUGUUUGUGCACGACCCCACCGACUCGGGAGACUAUGUCAUCCCCAUUGGCAAGCAGACACUACACCCCAGUCAUAUCUUUUAUACGCCAUGCAGUGGAAUCUGGCAGAGUGUCUGGAUCGAAGCCGUACCUGCGAACUAUAUCACACAGCUGGAUGUCGAUGCUAACAUGCACGGUCAAGUUAACGUGACGGUGCACACGUCAGCGGCAAAUACCACCACCAACGUCCAGGUAAUUGUGCAUGAUAAUGGUGAUGUAGUUGCGACUCACCGAGGGCCAUCCAAUCAGCCUUUCCAGUUCACCGUUGACUCGCCAAAAUUGUGGUCACCAGAUUCUCCCAAGCUGUACAACAUCACGGUCAAAAUGGGCAAAGACCAAGUCGAGAGCUAUACCGGAUUCCGGACCAUCUCAAAGGGCACUGUCAACGGUGUUGUUCGACCGCUGUUGAACGGUGAAUUCAUUUUCAUGUUUGGAACUCUGGACCAAGGCUUCUGGCCUGAUGGCAUCUAUUUGCCCCCAACGAAGGAGGCGAUGGUAUAUGAUCUCAAGAUGUUGAAGAACCUUGGGUUUAAUACUGUCCGGAAGCACAUCAAAGUUGAGCCCCAACUGUUCUAUCAAGCCUGUGACGAACUGGGUCUUCUAGUUAUCCAGGAUAUGCCGUCCUUGCGACCGCUUCAGAGCAGGACUCUCCCGAAUUGCACACAGGAGACUAUCCUGCCCGAUGCUGCUCAGCAGGUCGAAUUUGGGCGUCAACUGGAGCUGUUGGUCAACCAGCACAAGAGCUUCCCUAGUAUCGCAACCUGGGUUGUUUAUAACGAGGGUUGGGGCCAGAUCACAAGCUACUAUCCCGAGUUCGAGUUGACAGCGCUGGUCAAGCAAUUGGAUCCCACUCGAUUGGUGGAUUCCACGACUGGCUGGUUCGACCAUGGGGCCGGCGAUUUUAGUGACAAUCACCACUAUGCCAACCCUCAAUGUGGUAGUCCCUUUUAUUCCAUCGACUCGAGCCCGUACGAUGACACGAGAAUCGGUCUUCAGGGUGAAUUCGGAGGUCUUGGAAACAACGUCUCUAUUGAACAUCUCUGGAAUGUCCAAGCUGCCAUCGACACCAUCGAUCAAACUUAUGAGCUCGACGAGACCAUGGAAAUCUGGAACUACCGCAGCCAUAUCAUGCUGGCUGAGUUGGAAGACCAGGUCAAGCGGUUCUCAUGCAGUGGGGGUAUCUGGACUCAGACGACUGAUGUCGAGGGAGAAGUCAAUGGUCUGAUGACCUAUGACCGCCGGUUGGCUCGAGUGGAUGAAGUGCAAUGGAAGGCCGAUAUCCAGGCCCUGUAUGAUGCUGCUGCCGCACAUGGCAACGCCACCGUGUCGACCCAAUAA